AUGGCGGCGGUGGCGAACCUGACGUCGAGGGCGCUGGAGCCGACGGUGAAGCCGCUGGCGGCGGCGUGCUACGACAACAACCUGGUGAACUCGCAGGGCGUGUUCCUGGGCGACCAGCCGCUGCGCUUCUCCCUACCUCUCCUCCUCGUGCAGGUCUCCGUCAUCUUGGUCCUCUCCGCGGCCGCGCACCUGGUGCUCCGCCGCCUCGGCCAGUCCCGCUUCGUCACCCACAUGCUCGUCGGCAUCUUCCUGGGUCCCUCCGUGCUGGGCCGCAGCGCGUCCUUCCGCGACGUGCUCUUCUCGGAGCGCGGCACCUACAUCCUCGAGAGCGUGUCCCUGGUGUCGCUCAUCCUCUUCCUCUUCUCCAUGGGCGUCAAGACCGACCUCAGCCUCCUCCGCCGGCCCAGCGGCCGCGCCGUCGUGCCGCUCGCGGUCACCCUGCCCGUCUUCCACGCGCUCCAGCCCACGCUGCCCGAGGACCUGAAGGGCUCCUCGCUCGUCACCGAGCUCGCCGUCCGCCUCUCCCUCUCCUCCUUCCCCGUCAUCGCCGACGCGCUCUCCGACCUCGACCUCCUCAACACCGACCUCGGCCGCAUCGCGCUCACGGCGUCGCUCAUCACCGACGUCACCUCGUGGUUCAUCCGCGCCUGCACCGCCGCGGUCAUCCUCAUCGGUGAUGCCAGGUCGCCAGCCUUCACGGCCAAGAUCCUGGCUUCCUUCGUCGCGUUCGUGCUCUUCGUCGGCUUCGUCGCGCGCCCCGCCGGUCGGUACAUCGCGUACAAGCGCACCCCGACGGGGGCGCUCCUCUCCGAGGGCUCCUUCGUGGUGGUGGUCAUCGCCGCGCUGCUGUCGGCACUGGUGACGGACGCCAUCGGGUUCGAGUACAUGAUCGGGCCCAUGAUGCUGGGGCUGGCGCUCCCCGGCGGCAUGCCCAUCGGCGCCACCAUGACGGAGCGCCUCGACUCCUUCUUCAUCGCGCUCUUCCUGCCCGUCUACAUGGCGCUCUCCGGCUACCGCACCGACCUCGCCGAGUUCACCAGGUCCGAGGCGUCGGAGAAGUGGUGCGCGCUGGAGCUGUUCGUGGCGCUCUGCGUGUCGGGCAAGCUCGUCGGCUGUGUCGCCGCGGGGCUCUUCUUCACCAUGUCGUUCCGGGAUGCCAUCGUGUUGGCGCUCAUGCUCAACAUCCGGGGCAUCGUGGAGGUGGCCGCCAUCAACAACUGGGGCGACACCAUGAAGGCGACGGCGGAGCACUACUCGACGCUCACCAUGUCCAUGGUGCUCAUCACCGCCGUGUCCACGUCGCUGAUCAAGCUGCUCAAGGACCACACGGCGCCACUGAUCGACCUGCUAGAGGCGUCGGGCUCCUCCCGCGACUCGCCCAUGUCGCUCAUCGUGCUCCACCUCACGGAGCUCGUCGGCCGCGCCGCGUCCGUGCUGAAGCCCCACCGGAAGAGUACGAGGUCAUCCAACAGCGGUGGCAACCCGACGUCGUCAGACCGCAUCAUGAACAUGUUUCGGUACUUCGAGCAGUAG